CUCCCGGUGGAGCGGUGAUGAUCUCACCUUGCUCAAUGCGCAGUCUCUCCGCAGUCUCCGAGCGCUCGCCUCUCGCAUCCCGGGCGCGAUGGCAGCUCCGCUGGUCACCCUAGACGAGGAAUGGCAGGAUUUCUACGAGCUGAAGCCCGAGCGAGCCGGGGGACGGGGACGGCAGAAGCAGCCGAUGGAAGAGGAGAACCUGAACGAGCUGGGGUCGGUGAGAACGGCAGGCAUCUCGCACCUGGAGGAGCUGAGCGAGCUGGACAAUUUCACCACGGAGAUGAUGAGUUUCAAGUCCAUGGAAGACCUGGUCAACGACUUCGAUGAGAAGCUCAACGUUUGCUUCCGAAAUUACAACGAGAAGACGGAGAAUUUGGCCCCGGUGAUAAAGCAGGCGGCGAUAGAAGAGGAAGAAUUCAUCAGGGAUGACGAGAUCUGGGAUGCUCUGACUGACAACUACAUAACAAGCACAGCUGAGGACUGGCGGACAGCACGACUCCAGGAGCUCAACAUGAACCUCUCCAACAUGGAGGCGAGCGACAAAGACAGCAUCACCGAGGAUGGGGAGUUGAUCGAGAAGUUGGAUGUCAUUGUGUCGUCCACCAGCGAGGAGCCCCUCUUCACAGCUGAGCAGGUCAUUGAGGAGAUUGAAGAAAUGAUGCAGAAUUCCCCUGACCCUGAUGUUGAGGAGACUCCAUCACAGUCCGACAAGCUCUCGGUCGUCUCGCUGGAGGUACAAGUGUUGAAACCUUCCAUCUGCAGCAACAAUAACAUCCUGACAGAGGAUGUUAAACUGAUGACAGAGGCAGAAGUGGGCGAGCUGCUGGUGCGGAUUGAGCUGGCCAUUAAAGACUACUCGGAGGAGCUGAUCCAACAACUGGCGCUGCGCGACGAGCUCGAGUUUGAGAAGGAAGUGAAGAACAGCUUCAUCUCCAUACUCAUCGAGGUGCAGAACAAGCAGAAGGAACACCGGGAGUCGAUGAAGAAGAAAAAGAAGGAUAAAGGUGGAGUUCAGCCCAGCGUCCGUCAGGAGAGAGUGACCCGCAUGCCCGUGAAGCGGUUCAGCAUGGAAGGGAUCUCAAGUGUCAUCCAGAGUGGCAUUCGACAGACCUUUGGAAACUCGGGCAAUGAAAAACAGUAUCUAACUACGGUGAUUCCUUAUGAAAAAAAGGGCACUCCUCCAACUGUUGAAGACCUUCAAAUACUAACCACAAUUCUUCUGGCUAUGAAGGAGGACAGUGAGAAGGUUCCAGUUUUACUGACUGACUACAUUUUAAAAGUUUUGUGCCCGACAUAAGCCUACGCAUUGUUCCCACGGAUGCCAGGGUUGGCUAGGCUGCCAGAUUCCCGCUUGCAGGCUGCAUCCCAAGGCCAAAAUAAUGUCCAGAUAAGCUAACCACAUGAACCAGCCUCCAUCCUUCAGACGAGAGAAAACAGCCAAUUGAAAGAAAUGUGGUUUCUUAAGCUUUGGCAAAGGUUUUGUAAAUAUUUUAUUUUUAAGAGUUAACUGACAGUGGAGUUGGCAUCAAUAAUCAGAAAUUAUCAGAAGUCGUCAACAAAGAAAAUGGAAACUAACAGGAACAAUUUAAAUAUACUUAAUCUGUCACAGCUUCUUCAUCGGGUACACUUGGAAAUUCAGGCCUGUGUAUAAUGCAGUCACCCUUAAUCUGCUCUUGUUUUGGGAGUAAGAAUUGCUCUAGAUCCACCCACAUUGAGACAGACUGAAAGGAGAAACGAUUUGGCAAUCUUACCGCAGUCACUGGGCACAAUUCAUAGCUUUUGCAAUGUGUUGCAGUCCUAAAGUAGUAAGUAGAAAUCUUCGAUGAAAUAAUGAGAAAUGUGGUCUUUAUCAGGUCUUUAUCACUGAUUGUGCAUCAGGGAUCUGAGGAAGGAUCAACUAGCCACUAAAAUAGUAUUAUAAGGGGUUUACAUGAUAACGUUUGGUAAGUGCCAUGUCCUGACAUUAUAUCCUAUCACUGCUGGGAAAAAACACAUAUCGCUGAGAUAGAUGGAAUCAUUUAUUUGAAGUGCUGUCUUUAUUGCUGCAUAAUCCCUCCUGGAGCCAGCUGUUUGCUGGUGUGGUGGUGACUGACUACAUUUCGUACCUGAUCCAUCAUGCAUUGAAAUCUCUAACAAUGAUUCAUAAAAUUGUUUACAGCCUCAGGAUAGUAGUCUCCCGUGGCGGGCUGAAGGGCCUCGUUAAAAUGGCGGGCACCGCUGAGUCACGUGUGUACAUCAUCCAGUAUUUAUGCAAUCUUCGUGGUUGCUUCUCAAGCACAAUGUACAUUAAACCAAGACCCUGCCCAAAGGCGGGCGUGAAUGGAAUAAUCAGCCGAUUAAUACUGCUGACAACCACGAGAAGAAAUACAACAGCAGCAUUAUUUGAUACAGUAUCUAGUCCAGCUAUCUCCCUGGUCGAGACUGUCUCAACAAUCGCCCUGUUAUUCCACUACAGUCUGCGGCCACUUCUUUAUGGUUAUGCCUGGUUUCUAAGCAUGUCUACUUCACUUCAUUGUUAAAGAAUAAAUAGCUUCUCUCUGUUAUAAUAGCUUCGCUCUGCAGUAAAAUGUCCCCUUCACAAAUUGACCUUCCACGUUUAGAUAGAGUGCACUCUGGCAUGUCUGGUGCCAUCUGUGUGGGUAGAACACCUUGCCACCUGCCUCCUCUGUAACGUACUCCUCCACUGUCUGCAGCUUCUCUGAGAUAGCCCUCCACCACCUGGUGGGCAGAUGUCCCUUUGAAAGUCACUCUCCCCAAACGCCAGCUUCUCUGCUUUUCUCAAGUCACCAGUCAGUUAAUCUAGUUGAUGUGGAAUGAGAGCGACACCUAGUAAAGGGGAAUCAACUGAACACUCUCGGUCCUGCAACCACAUAAGCAUUAAAUCCCUUAAUUCCAGUUUAUCAGCACGAGCCCAUCCAAAAUUUGGAAAGUGGAAACUUUAGGGGAAGUGGCCUUUCUACACAGUCAUAGAGUGUGUAAACAAGCCCAACUUGCCCAUGCUGACCAGCAUGCCCCUUCUACACUUGGCCCACCUGCCGGCGUUGGCCCAUAUCCCUCUAAAACCAUGGGUAAUAAUGGUGAAAUACAUGAAGCAACUCACUCACAAUGUCCCCAUACUCCUAGAUCACAGUUCUGUCUCAUUUCAAGUGGUCUCAAUGCACAGCUUUGAAUGGAGAUAUUCCUUUCAUGGUACAGGCUGAGGGCUUUACCUCAGGGGUGUCUGUAUGGUGCAAGAACAAUGUGCAUAACCAGGUCAGUAUUGCCACCGCAUCAAAGCUGCAGGACUGGUGGUCACCAGGGAGUCUGAAAGCUAAGUUGCCAGCUUCAUAACACCCUAUGUCCCAUGGCAUUAUAUUAGACAGGAGUGAGUUGAUGCAGCAAUACUGAUGCCUUCUGCUCCUGGGUGCAGUCGCACUGUAGGGGAUGCUGGGAGUGGUGCAAGUUGGGGAGUGGGAGGGCAAGGUUAUCAAUAAACCCAAAUAAAUUCACUUUACGAUAGACUCAAAGUGCUGGAGUAUCUCAGCGGGUCAGGCAGCAUCUCCGUAGAAAAAGGAUGGGUGACAUUUCAGGUCUGGACCCUCCUUCAGUCUGAGGAAGGACCAAACUCAGUUUGAAGUAGUCUGAGGACUUUUCAGUCUGAAGAAGGGUCCCGACCCGACAUGUCACCCAUUCUUUUUCUCCAGAGAUGCUGCCCGACUCGCUGAGUUACUCCAACACUUUGUGUCUGUCUAUCUCUGGUAAUAAACCAGCAUCGGCUGUUCCUUGUUUCUACAUUUCUUCUGAAUUCACUUUAAUUUCCUUUCAAACGAAUUCUAUCAGAAGGAAGUGUUACCAUCCGCCCGUCUGUCUCUGCUCCUCACUACUUUACAUCCUAACUCCUAUCCGUCACCUUCCUGCCUAAGAAACCAAAAUUAUUUUAUAAGACAUGCCCUUGUCUUAUUGUAUUGUCCAUAAAAAGUAAAUUACUUAACACUUUACAGGUUAAUAUUACUUGUUUAAAACUUCAGAAGACAGCAUUGUACCCUGAACAUGCUCAUUGUUAAGUAUUACCUCACUGGUGCUAUGAUUAUUUAUAUAUUUAUUUCCACGAUGGAUGCAAAUUAUGAUUGUAUUGUUUACAAUGAAUAUUAAGAAGAAACCACGGCAUACAGAUGGUAAAUUGACAGCACACAAGCCUUUGAAAAGUCCAGUCUUACACUAUGCAUUAUUCAUUUCUGGUCAGUUCAAUGCUAUGGAGUGAUAUGACUGCAAACCAUGUAACUAAAUAA